UAGAGGGCUUACCAGUUCGUGGGAGAGAUAAAGAGAAGAGUGAAGGAGAAGAGCGAGAGAGAGAGAGAGAGAGAGAGAGGAGGAAGAUGGGGAGGGGGAGAGUGGAGUUGAAGAGGAUUGAGAACAAGAUAAACAGGCAGGUGACGUUUGCGAAGAGGAGGAAUGGAUUGUUGAAGAAGGCUUAUGAGCUAUCGGUGCUGUGCGAUGCGGAGGUUGCGUUGAUCGUUUUCUCCAACCGCGGCCGACUGUUUGAGUUCUGCAGCAGUAGUAGCAUGACGAAAACCCUUGAGAGGUACCAAAAAUGCAGCUAUAAUGCAACUGAGUCCACGGUUCCAUCAAAGGAUACACAGAAUAGUUAUCAAGAGUAUUUGAAGUUGAAAACAAAGGUGGAAUAUCUACAACGGUCCCAAAGGAAUCUUCUGGGAGAGGACUUGAUUGAGCUAGGCAGCAAGGAGCUAGAGCAACUUGAGCUUCAACUAGAAAUGUCUCUAAAACAGAUCAGGUCAACAAAGACUCAAUUGAUGCUCGAUCAGCUCUGUGAUCUCAAAAGAAAGGAGCAAAUGUUGCAAGAAGCUAACAGAGCUUUAAGAAGGAAGUUGCAAGAAGAUGAGCCAGAAAUCCCCCUGGAGCUGUCCUGGACCGGUGGCGGUGGCAAUGGGCCAUGUGAGCGUCAGCAGCCUCAGUCCGAAGAUUUCUUCCAGCCCUUGCCUUCUUUGCAAAUUGGGUUUAGUCCAAUCUGUAUAGAUCAACAGUUGAACACAGAACUCAGGAUCAUCAUCCGCACAUAAUAUUAAUGGCUUCAUUUCGGGUUGGAUGUGAUGAUUUAUUAAUGGUAUGCUUGCAACUUCACUUCUUACUUAUUUAUAAUCUAUGCAG